ACACUCUCAUACGGCCGACGGUUUCAGUGAAGGAAUAUAUCGCCUCUGCUUCUUUCUACGCCAUCACUCACUGAACUCUCUUUCUCUCUCUGUUUUCGCGAUCGAAGUGAGCUGCAGUUGUAUCGUUUCAGCUAAAGUGGGAAGAUAUGGAUUCGUCAGUGGUGCUAUAUAACCAGCUCAAGGCAGCAGAACCAUUUUUCUUGCUAGCCGGUCCCAAUGUGAUCGAAUCUGAGGAGCACAUUUUCCGAAUGGCCAAGCACAUCAAGAGUGUUGCAACGAAAGUUGGAUUGCCACUGGUUUUCAAGUCAAGCUUUGACAAGGCCAACCGUACGUCCUCAAAAUCAUUCCGGGGUCCUGGCUUGGAGGAAGGCUUAAAGAUCCUUGAGAAGGUCAAAACAGCAUUUGACCUCCCUAUCAUUACAGAUGUACAUGAAGCUAGCCAGUGUGAAGCAGUUGGUAGAGUUGCAGAUAUUAUUCAGAUUCCUGCAUUUUUAUGCCGCCAGACAGAUCUUCUAGUAGCAGCAGCCAAGACUGGAAAAAUUAUCAAUAUUAAGAAGGGCCAGUUCUGUGCUCCUUCUGUCAUGGUAAACUCGGCUGAGAAGGUUAGACUGGCUGGAAACCCAAAUGUGAUGGUUUGUGAGAGGGGAACUAUGUUUGGCUAUAAUGAUUUAAUUGUUGAUCCCCGCAAUUUGGAGUGGAUCAGAGAAGCUAAUUGUCCUGUCGUUGCUGACGUCACACAUGCAUUGCAACAGCCUGCUGGGAGAAAGUUGGACGAUGGAGGUGUUGCCAGCGGUGGUCUUCGUGAAUUAAUACCAUGCAUUGCAAGAACAGCAGUUGCUGUUGGAGUGGAUGGAAUUUUCAUGGAGGUACAUGAUGAUCCUUCUAAUGCGCCAGUUGAUGGUCCAACUCAGUGGCCCUUGCGCCAGUUGGAGGAACUGCUGGUAGAGCUCAUAGCAAUUGCUAGGGUAAGCAAAGGGAGGCAACGUUUCAGCAUUGAUCUCACACCCUAUCGCAAUUAGAAGAGUUGAAGCUACUCUAUUGGUUUGGGCAAAAAGAUGCAGAAUUGAGUGUUUUGUGGCACCCUCAGUCACAUACUUUUUGCCCCUCCAGGCAAUAAGUAGCAGAAUUGAGGUUAAAGAGUUCUAAGGAGUGUCCUGUCAUUGACGACAGAUAUGCUGCCUGGCGAUAGAUUUUUAGAGUCUAAUAAACAUACUUUGGACCUUAAAAUGCCUUCUUUUCUUCCCUAACUGCUAUCUCCAUUCAAGUUCAUGUCGCUUUGAGUCUGUGCCCGUUGUUACUUACGUGUGGUUUUCAUUCUUUCUUAUUUCAGGUAUUUAUUUGUGUGUUCAAGUAUUAUAAUGUUAGUAGAACGAAUUUUGAGUUUCAGGGAGUAAAGUUAAUCGAUUUCACACAGUAUGUCAAGUACAGUUUUGGAGAUUUAAACAUGAGACUUUCUUUAAAAUGUGGAGGGAUAUCAUUGUAAUACUAAAGGCAUAAUAAUUUUUUUACUUAUUUACUACUUGCUAGGUCAUAAAUGAUUUUGCCCAAACGCACCCUCCAGCUUAUUUUUGUUCCUUGAUUUUUCUUUAUUUUAUUCUGUCCAAAAUUCAUGAACAAACAAAAAGUAUAGAUGAAGAGAAAAAGUGUGAAAAUUAUCUUUUCAAAAAUAGUUUUCUAAUCUCUACUAAUUAAUAAAAUCUUCUUG